GCGUGUCCCUUUUCCUCCCGGCCUCUCUCAGAUCAAGAUGCCCGGUGUCACAGUGAAAGACGUGAACCAGCAGGACUUUGUCAUAGCCCUCUCUGCUUUCCUUAAGAAGUCUGGGAAGCUGAAGGUGCCAGACUGGGUGGACAUCGUGAAGCUGGCCAAGCACAAGGAGCUGGCUCCCUCCGAUGAGAACUGGUACUACACUAGAGCAGCCUCCACGGUGAGGCACCUGUACCUGCGUGGGGGUGCAGGGGUUGGCUCCAUGACUAAGAUCUACGGGGGGCGCCAGCGGAAUGGCGUGUGCCCCAGCCACUUCAGCCGCGGCUCCAAGAGCGUGGCCCGCAGGGUGCUGCAGUCCCUGGAGGCCCUCAAGAUGGUCGAGAAGGACCCCAAUGGUGGCCGCAGACUGACCCCUCAGGGACAGAGAGACUUGGACAGAAUUGCGGGACAGGUAGCAGCUGCAAGCAAAAAACCUUAAGAUGUACAAAUAACAUUUGGAGAAAUAAAGCAAAUAAAUAAAAAAACACUGUUCACAA